CCAAAUGGCUACUUCCCUCCACUCUGCUCUCCUCCCCCAUCUAUUCCUCCUCCUCCCCUUCUUCUCCUCCACAACCAUCUCCUUCAAUCCCUACGAAACCACAAUCUCCCAAAUCCAAUCCGCCUUCUCUACCAACCAACUAACAUCCCGACAACUCGUUCGCUUCUAUUUCUCCCAAAUCCGCACCCUAAACCCUAAACUCCACGCCGUCAUCGAAACCAACCCCGACGCCCUCUUCAUCGCCGGAACCUCCGACUACCGCCGCAACCUCGGCCUGCCCCCCCUCUCCCCACUUGACGGCAUCCCCAUCCUCCUCAAAGAUAACAUUGCCACACUCGACCGUCUCAACACCACCGCCGGCUCUUUCGCCCUGCUCGGCUCCACCCCCCCUCGCGACGCCACCGUCGUCCAACGCCUCCGCCUCGCCGGCGCCGUUAUUCUCGGCAAGGCGAGCUUGAGCGAGUGGGACAAUUUUCGAUCAAUCAAUGCGCCCGACGGAUGGAGCCCGCGCGGGGGACAGGGGGUGAAUCCCUAUAACCUAACUGCCGGGCCCUGCGGAUCGAGCAGCGGACCGGCGAUUGCGGUGGCGGCGAAUAUGGUGGUGGUGGGGUUGGGAACGGAGACGGACGGAUCGAUUCUCUGCCCGGCGGCGAGGAAUUCGGUGGUGGGGAUAAAGCCGACGGUGGGAUUGACGAGCAGGGCGGGGGUGGUGCCGAUUUCGAAGAGGCAAGAUACGGUGGGGGUGAUGGGGAGGACGGUGGAGGAUGCGGUGGCGGUUUUGGAGGUGAUAGUGGGGUUUGAUGUGUUUGAUGCUGCGGCUACGGCGGCGGCGGCGCAGUUUAUUCCGGCGGGAGGGUACCGGAGGUUUUUGAAUGCGGGGGGAUUGAAGGGGAAGAGGAUAGGGAUUUUGCGUCGGGGGUUUUUCGAUUAUGCUCCGGAAUCUGUGGAGAAUGCCACUUUCGAAUCUCACUUUCUCACUAUAAAGAGAAAAGGAGCCAUUUUAGUGGAUAAUAUUGAAAUACCAAACGUGGAGACAAUAUUAGAUCCAACUCAAAGCGGUGAGGUGGUGGGACUAUUGGCCGAGUUCAAACUCGCCCUCAAUGCUUACCUUAGAGACCUCAUAACCUCGCCCGUUCGAUCACUCGCAGAUGUCAUCGCUUUCAACAACAAUCAUCCGAUCGAGGAGAGGUUGCCGGAGUAUGGGCAGGCGAUAUUCUUGGCGGCGGAGAGCACGACCGGGUUGGGUCCGGCCGAGAGGGCGGCCAUUAAAAAUCUUGCGGAGCUUUCUAAGAAUGGAUUGGAGAAGGUGAUGAAGGAGAAGAAGUUGGAUGCGAUAGCAUUUCCCGACGCGCCGGCGGCGCCGAUUCUCGCCAUCGGCGGCUAUCCGGCAAUCAGCGUGCCGGCCGGUUACGACGACGACAAUGUGCCUUUCGGCAUUGGAUUUGGAGCGCUGAGGGGGUCGGAGCCAAGACUGAUCGAGAUUGCUUAUGGCUUCGAACAAGCUACCAAAGUUCGAAGACCUCCUCAAUUACAGGCUUCGUUUGAAAGAACUUAGUCGUUCUAUCAUAAUACUGA